AUGUCAUUGCAAGGAAUUCUGGGUAGGACUGAGACUAUUAGCAAACGAAAACGAAAACGAAAACGACAAAUAAAUGAUUUGAAUGAUUCAAAGCGAUCGUCAUCACGAAUUAGAUCCUUGAUUCCAAUUCAAUAUGUCAUCCUUGGCUUUGCUUUUUCCGUUGCUUUGUAUGUAAAUGCGAUUGAGGAACAGCAAUUAGCACUUCAAGAUUUGCUAAUUCGGAACGAUUCUAAUACUAGACAACAGUCAAAAAAGGAGGUGUCAGACGAUGAUGUCAGUGGUACUUCUAUGACGGAAAGCACAAUAUUAAGUGACGAUGAUGCUUCGAGUACAAUGACAAAUGCGCACGCUGAUGGUUCAAACCAAUCAUCUGAUUCUUCCGCUAACAAAACCACAACCAUUGGAUGGGUGGUUACCAUUACUGGCUGUGGGCAUGAUGCUAUCAUGGACGGAGCUGCGGUCCUCAAACAUUCGAUCCAUUUGAAUUCGAUUCAAGCAGGAGCAAAUAAGUUUCGGUAUGACUACAAGAUGUAUGCCAUUUAUCACCCAGAGGGAGAAGCCUGUGCGUUGCCUCUGAAAGAUUUGGGCUACAAAUUGAUUCGAAGAGAGACGCCAGUUGCUACCCAGGAGAUCGAAGGAAAGUUUUUGAGGAAAAAGAUUGAGUCAAAUGGUUGCUGUGGAGCAAAAGAAUUGAUCAAGUUGGAAGCAUACACAUUGAUAGAUCACCAAGUUGUCGUGCUGUUGGAUCUAGACGUUAUUGUGCUGAAACCAAUGGACGCACUUUUUGACUUGAUGUUGGACGAAGCAUCGCCGUCGUCCUCCGAUCAUCUAUCGAAUACUAAUAGUACUACUAAUGUUCCAAUCAUGUGGCAAGACAAACCAAUCCCAGACAAGGUCAAUGCCUUUUUUACUCGCGAUUACCACUUGGUUGCUCCAGAGAAACCCUACAAACCCGUUCAAGGAGGAUUCCUCGUGCUGCGUCCAGACAUGGCAGUCUACCAAGAAUUUCUUAGCAUCAUUAAGAAGGGAAUUCAAAAACCAGGUGGAUGGGGAGGUUUGGUUGGCCCCUUUUAUGGAUUCAUGACCAUUCAGGGAAUCAUUCCGUAUUAUUAUGACGUCUUGCACAAGAACGAAGCUAUUGAACUGAAUCGCUGCAUUUACAAUCAAAUGAUGGACAAUCCUCGAGACAAUUCGGCCAAUGACAAUCCACAAGAUAAAUGCCGAACGAACCAACAAGAAUGCGAAGAAUGCCGGACACGGCCGAUGGGAGACAUUGUCUCGGCACACUUUACCUUUUGUCCAAAACCUUGGAACUGUUUUCCGAACGACGUUGAUACGAUAGAGCUGCGAUUAUGUCGCAAGCUACAUCAUGAAUGGUUUCGAAUACGGAGUGAUUUGGAAGAAUCUUGGGGUCGAGAUCCUAUCGGUACUGGGACAUUUCAAGAGGAACACUUUUUCGGAUUCUGUAGUGAUCAUGGGAAGACGGGAUACACGUCCAUUGCACAACCGUAUGGUCGCCUGGUUCCAGGUAGUACCUCUGAAAGCACCGACGAGGAAGAGACUGAUGAAGAUGAAAAUCGUGGCGAAGACAGCAAGGGUACCUCGGAAGAUGACGAAAAUGGCAAGGACGAACCAGUAGAAUCAUGA